AUGCGUUCUUACAUGGGGAGCUUGAAGUUUUUAUGGGAUGACCUCAAGGUUUUGAAGACUCCAAGCAUCCUAAGUUUGUGUACAGGUUCCAAUGCACAGUUAGUGCAGACAGUGAUUGAUGAUUUAGGAGCUGUGUUUGAGAUGAAGGACAUGGAUCGACUUACCUAUUUCCAUGGCCUUCAAAUGUCUUACAAUUCUACAUGUGACAUUUUUGUACAUCAGCACAAGUAUGCUAAAGAUCUAUUGCACAAGGCUGGUCUGAGUAAUUGUAGGGUUUGUCCCACUCCUUGCAAGCCACAUAAUCAAGUCUUAAAGUCUGAAGGAGAACCAUUGCAUGAUCCUACAUUUUAUAGAAGUAUUGUUGGUGCUUUACAGUGCUUGACAUUCACAAGACCUGACUUAUCCUAUGUUGUCAAUACUGUGUGUCAGUAUAUGACUGCUCCCAUAGAGAUACAUUUCAACCUGGUCAAAAGAAUUUUGAGAUACGUUCAAGGUACUAUGAAUUAUGGGAUUCACUUUACUCAUGGUCCUUGGCAGUUACAAGCUUAUAGUGAUGCUGAUUGGGCGGGGGACUUAAAUACUAGGAGGUCAACUACAGGUUUUGUGUUAUUACUUGGACAUAAUCCUAUCUCAUGGCAGUCUAAGAAGCAGGGGUCUGUAUCUAGAAGUUCAACAGAGGCUGAGUAUAGGGCAUUGGCCAAUACAGCUGCAUAUUUGGCUUGGAUUCGACAUGUUUUGCUAGACUUGAAAGUGUGCUUGCCUCAACCUCCUACAAUCUUUUGUGACAAUCUGUCUGCUUGGGCACUUAAUAGUAAUCCAGUAUAUCAUUCAAGAAUCAAACAUUUGGAUAUAGAUUUUCACUUUAUGGUUGAAAGGGUUGAAAGGAAUGAUCUUACUGUUCAGUAUGUUCCUACUUAA